CCAGAACCCGCGCCGACCAGUCGCGUUGCAGGCGUAACGCGUCUCUCCACCCUCACCCCGGGGCAGCCGUCGGGACGUCAAGCGGUCUUCCCCCAGCAUCGCCAGGCGAAGUCGUGGUGCUGGUCAAGAGUAUCUUCUCUUCAUACAAGGUCAUGGAGGAGCUGCUGGAUGAUGUGCUGCUGAUGGUGAUGAGCUACCUGGACGUGCCGGACCUCCUCGCCUGCCGCCUCGUGUGCAAGAGGAUCGGCGACCUGGUCCUGCACCCCGACGUAUGGCGACGUCGUUAUUUUGUCUUCGGUUCGUCGCGGGAUGAGGACAGCACUGUGCUGCGGUUCGCGCCGCGCCUGGAAUAUCUUUCCAUUCAGCUGCCGUGCUCGUCGCGUCAACUGCAUCUGUACACCGCGACGAUGUGCGCCGUGUCUGAACUCAAGUUGUGUUUGGGUCCAAUGGGCAGCGCUGGUAUGGCGUACGCCGCUGCGCUGAUCAUCCGUAAUCAAGAGUCGCUCGGCCGCCUCCAGGAGCUAGAGGUGGAUUUUUAUCCGGAACGGGGCGGCGCCGCCCUCACUUACCCGCUUCUCUGGGCGCUGGCGUACACCUCCGGGCUGCGCACGCUCGUUGUCUACACAUCCGGCGAUAUUUGCGACAUGAUCCCCGCGCCCUAUUUGGUCAGAAACGUGCCUCGCCCGACACUCAAGAGCAUUCACUUUACCAUCUCAGAAGAGGCGGUCCCCUUCUGUGAAUUCAUGUUGGCCGCCCACGCCCCCACCUUGGAGAAGGUAAAUUUCCACAGCUGCGUCGACUUCUUUACACCGGCUCUCCCUUCGGCCACCUCGAUGGCUUCCCUGCUCGCAGGAAUGCCACAUCUCCGCUUGCUGGAAGACUGUCCCCUCAUCCCGGAAAUGGAGGCUUUGGCGGCGUGCAAGUCGCUACGGACUGUGUCUAUCUGCGUGGGGGUCGGAAGCCGACCUCUUGUGCCGGCGGGCGCGGAGUUCCUGCGCCGUACCAAGGAGCUGCGCCAUGUCACCCUGAAGUACAACGCCGACAUCGGCGACGUCGGCGUCGAUCUGGUCCUGGCCCUAGGCUCCUCCGUGGAAUCGUUACAUAUUCAGUUUACAGAACUAUACCUCGAGAAAGCAAUGCCCCAGGUGCAGGCGCUCAGCAGGGCCCUGCCACGGAUGCCGGCCGUGAAGUGGCUGACGCUGCCCAUGACAUCGCGUGAGGUGCUGCUGGCCAUCACGCCCGAGGCGAACCCGGCCCUGCGGACCUUGGAGCUGUACCAGGGAGAACUGGAAAGUGAGGGAUGUGCCCACCGUUACUUGCACUGGGACUCGGUGGUGACCGUUUUGUCCAAGAACCCUUUGCUAGAGCUAGGCGUUCAUGCAACUUACAGGUGCUCAGGAAAGUUGCUGUGCGACUGGUGUAAACUCGAGUGCCACCGAGAGGUGUGGAAACUGGAACAACAAGUCAGGCCCUGGCCUCGUAUGAUCACUAUUCCUCGUCUAAAGCCGUUCUGAUUUUAAUAACAACAGAACAGAACAUGCAGGGGUGAUUUGAAGUCAGCCUGACCUUAGGGGGAAAAGAGGGGGCAUCGACCCCCCACCCCCCUGAUAUCCAACCGUUACAGAUGAUAUUGUCACGUUUAAAAAUUUCAGCAAGGUCCAUGUACCGUAUUGGAGUAAUUGUAUUAUUGUAUUGACAAGAACUAUGAGUUUACUAUAGAUUAAUGGAUGCAGUUAUUAUCUGAGCGCUAAACUUAUUAUUCAAAAUGUA